CAGACGGCGCGGUGUUGUGGCAGCGGAGUCAGAUCAGAGAGCAGAAUGAGGAGAAAAGUGAAUGAAGAGUUGAAUUAACGGAGCAGCCGCUGACGGGUUCUGCUCGGACUCACGCCUGCUGGAAGGCUGCAGUGUGGAGCAGAGUGUCCUGUUUAAUGUGAAUAUUGAAGGAUUUUCUAAAACAGAUUUUGCCUCAGACUCUCAGGCUGCAGCUCUUGGAGCUCCACACAGAAUGAGUCGCGAUGAAGAGACCAAAGCUGGCCGGAGUCUUCCUCUUUGUGGGCUGCCUGCUCGCCUACCUGAUGUUUGUGAAGCGUCACUACACCGUCUCAAAGCCCGAAACCUACAGACUACCUGCUCACCGCCGGCCUGGUUCGGACCAGAUCGGAGACCAUAGGCCGGCCUCUGCUGCUGGACUGAGCUUCCGGUAUGGCAUCAUGUUUGAUGCUGGGAGCACUGGGACCAGAGUCCACAUCUUCAAGUUCCAGAUAGAGAACCAAGAAGCUCCCAAACUGGCCCACGAGACGUUCAGAGCCAUCAAACCCGGACUGUCUGCGUACGCCGAGGAUCCAGGGAAGUGUACUUCAGGGAUCAUGGAGCUGUUGGAGGUGGCGAAGUCCACCGUUCCCCCCUCCGUCUGGGACACCACCCCAGUGGUCCUGAAGGCCACAGCUGGUCUCCGCCUGCUGCCUGGAGAGAAGGCCAACCACCUGCUGGACAGGGUGAGGGCGCUGUUUCUGCAGUCCCCCUUCCUGUCCAGAGACGACAGCGUGUCCAUCAUGGACGGCACUGACGAAGGGAUUUCUGCAUGGAUCACCGUCAACUUCCUGACCGGUGGUCUUCACAGUGCAGACGCUCCCACAGUGGGGAUGUUGGAUUUGGGUGGUGGAUCCACUCAGAUCACCUUCAGUCCUCAGGACGAGAAAACCAUCCAGACCUCACCUGUCGACGACAUCAGGUCCUUCCAGAUGUUCAACAACACACACACUGUCUACAGUCACAGUUAUCUGGGUCUGGGUCUGAUGUCGGCUCGACUCGCCGUCUUAGGAGGCGUGGACUCUCCGCCCCUAGGGGGCAGCACUGAGCUGGUCAGCCCCUGCCUUGCUCCGGAGUACUCAGGCAGGUGGGAGCACGCUGACAUUGUGUACACCGUGAAGGGACAGAAGGCGGGGGAGCAGGUUUACGAGGCGUGUCUGACCAAAGUGGAGAAAGUUCUGUACAGGAAGGUGAUGAAGGCGUCUGAAGCUGCGGACAUGGACUUCUACGCCUUCUCCUACUACUACGACCGAGCCGUGGACCUCGGCGUCAUCGAGGAGAAGGAGGGAGGAACCAUUACAGUGUCCGAUUACAUCGACGCAGCUAAGAGAGUGUGUGGCGGUCUGUCCGUUCGUCCUCUGCAGAGUCCAUUCCUCUGUCUGGACCUGGUCUACAUCUCAGUGCUGCUGCAGGAGCUUGGAUUCCCUCCACACAAACAGUUCAAGCUGGCGAGGAUGAUCAACCAGGUGAAAACCAGUUGGGCCCUGGGAGCCACCUUCCAUUACAUGGAAUCCCUGAGGAGACACUGAAGACUUUAAUUUUGAAAAGAUGCUGAAUGUAUGUAAUAUCCUGGAGCAUGUAAAGCUCCUGGACUUCCUGAAGAUCCCAGACUCAUGGUGAGCUCCUCCAGUCCCUACACUGACAGCUGCAGGUGAACCUCCUCUCCACCGCUGGCUGUCUCUGGUCCGUCUGUCUCUGUCUCAGUCUUUGAGAGUCCAGAACACAGCCCUGGAGACUGGACCUGAAUUUCAUAUGUGUACUUUAGUGUUUUUUAAAACAGAGUCCUCGUGGAUUUACUCAGGUCAAAGAUUCAGGACUGAGACAGCUGAUUGGACUGGACACGAGUCUGGUCUCAUCCAACCUCAGAGUCCUUCACUCAAACACGUAUGUGCCGUCCAACACACUGACGGCCACCAAAGACCAGCCAACCGCAGAUGAACGCAUCAGGACCUGGUCUCCGUCGGCUCGUGGGUCAUGUGACCGGUCUGAUCGUCCUAUCAGAUGGAUCCAGCUGUGCUCAGGUUCAGGUGUUAGUCAUCCGUGCUGGACUGAUCCGGUUUCUGCAGGUCCGUUACAUCUGCUGCUGCCUCUGAAAAACCCAGAGCAGCAGGUGGUUGUGAAAGUUCAGGGUGAAGUCACACUCCCCAUCACACCUUCACCCCCCAGCAUCUCUGUGACUGGCUUUUUAAAAAGUCUGCUCUUUGAAUUCUUCUAAAGUUUAUUUAAUCAGCUGUUUAAUAAAGAGCUUCGUGUGAUUCUUCCCUG